AUGUACAAGUUUGAAGCAGCGACCUCUCAAUUGAUACACCAUCCGGAGUACAACUCGACGCUCAUCCUAAGGUCGGAGACGGUAGCAGAGACGGACCAGCCUGAGGACCUGGGUUCGCUCGACCUUCCCGAUAUCGAUGGGUUCGUCCCUCUGAGGAGCAUCCAUCGCAAGCUGCUUCCACGGAGACCCGGACGCGACGCUGGACUGGAGCAGCACUGCACGCUCUAUGCGCCGGCACCGGGCGCCAACGAUGUGGAUCAGACGCCCUCACUACCUUCCUUGCUCGUUCUGACACCGAUCGCCCCCGCCGAUGGCUCGCCGCUGCCUUACUACCACCCUACAGUUCAUCAACUCGCGAUGCAUCUCAUCUCUGGCGACGACACGCUCACACCAGACAAGUCUGGAUCAAGACUGUGCAUCGACGUUGUGCCUCAUGCUGGCACAUCUCUCGACCCUGGUGCCCGCCUUGCGCGCACAUGCUUGGCUUUGCUCGAGACUCUGCAUCGCUAUCUGUGGGGCGCGGCGACCGACUACCGCAAACGCGUCGCACACGACCGUAUCGUGCCGCGAGAGGAGUACCAGGACAUGUACCUCAUCAUGCGGGAGAGGCAUAAGCACCUUGUGAAUGAAUGGCAUGAGAGCACGGAUCCGCUGAAGCAUGUCUUUGAGGACAUUGGUAUCGCAACAUAUCUCAUGAUGCUAUGGAAGACUACAGACGAUGCGAGCUACAUGAGACCUUCGGGCGACUUCUCGGAGGAUGAGCCGUGGAGGCGUUGGCCGCGUCCGGCUGGCGGCUUCAUUGAUCUCGGGUGCGGCAACGGUCUACUUACGCACAUUCUCACUGCGGAAGGCUACGCCGGACAAGGCAUCGACUUACGCGCCCGCGUCUCAUGGGAGCAUUAUCCGCCCGCAUCGCGCGCAGCACUACGUGUCCUGGCGCUCGACCCGACGAGCGAGGAGCUUUCGGAUACCGACCUCCCAGCAAAUGCCUUCCUCAUCGGCAACCACGCCGACGAGCUCUCGCCGUGGGUUCCCGUUCUCGCGACGCGUACGCAAGCAGCAGGAUACCUGUCUAUCCCAUGCUGUGCGUGGUCCUUCGACGCCCGCUUUGAUCGUACCAGGGACGUUCCGUAUGAGGAUAUUGGAGACGAGGCGGAGUUCGUUGAAAGCUUGGGACUGGGUGCGGAUGGGAGUACGAGUAGCUCGUAUGCUGCAUACCGGGUGUGGUUGGCAAGCUUGAGUGCACACUGCGGAUGGGUAGUGGAGUGCGAUGCGUUGAGGAUCCCAAGCACGCGUAACUGGGCGAUAGUUGGAAGAAAACGCUCCGAUGACGCCCAAGAGGAAGUGCAGGAGAGAAUCGACAAUAUCUUGCUUCAUGUCAAACAACGGGGUGUAUUCAAGACGCGCCGCCCGGAGGGCAAGGCGGGAGAACACUGA